GCUUCGGGACAAUUGGCAUCAGAAACAGCGACGGGAUCAAAGUGAAAAGGCUGUUUUCUCAAAUAUUACGGAAAAUCUGAAGGUUGUGAAUCGUAACAUGUGGAAGCUGUAUUUCUUUUUCAACGUGGUGUGUUUGUAUCUAGCCGUUCGGAGUGCGCUCAGUGCAGAGGUUAUGGAUCCAAAUGAGCAAAAAAUGUCAAAUUAUCUCUCAUCAAGUGGUGGCAACCGUGACGAUGAGGAAACAAAUAAACGAGGUGCGGCCAUGUGGUUCGGACCCCGCCUCGGAAAACGUACAAUCAGUCCAGAGCUGCACGACGAAAUGCUGGACGAAUUGGAUCCAGUAUUCUACACAGGCGAGCCACCUCAGAGGCUGGCAGCGGACAUCGCCCAGGGAUCUCCUUAUGUCGUGCUUCUGCUCACCGGUCGUGUCCCCAGAAGUCCGCAAUCCACAUUUUAUCACACCACGACACCGCGACUUGGCCGUCGUGAUGCGUCACCGAACGAGAACCACUCACGACCACCAUUCGCGCCCCGUCUAGGGCGGACUCUCCCGUUCUCCCCGCGGCUGGGACGAUCCUUCACGGAUAGUUACGGAUAUUAAGGGACGUUUCGAUUGGUUUUCCUACAUGACGGGCUGUAUCUAUUGGAGUUUUUAUAUUAUGGCUGGAAUCCAAAUAGAAAGCUCGUCGAGUGUACGAAACAGUCGAUACAAAAAUAACGAUUGUCAUUGCAUGAGAAUAAAGCAACAUAUUAUGUAAUUGUACCAUAGAGAAAAAUACAUUGACUAUUCGAAA